AUGUCCGGAAAAGAGCCCUCGGCUCCUAUGCCUCAAUUCAUCGCUGCCUUCAACUUCCAAGGUCAUUUGACAGGCGUAAUGAUGGAUCUUGCCCAUGGUGUUGGGCCCGUGAUUGCACAUGAUUCUUACCUUCACGACAGCAACAAAAAUAAAAUCUGGUCUAUUUUCUCAGUACCAAACAAAGAAACGUUUCUGAUCAGAAGUGAAGCAAAUCAGCAGUGGCUGGUUGCCGAUGGACAUGGACAACGAGUGCGCACGGACAAUCCAUCCUGGUUUGAUGAAAGCGCCCAGUGGGUUAUUCGAGGUGUAGAUAUUCAUCGCUUAACUGACAGCACGACCAUAUCAAUCAUGAGUGUUAAGUAUCCCGAUUGUGCCUUGGACGUUGAAGGGGGUAAUGAUCUUGGUUCACAUAUCCUAACCUACAAGUAUCAUGGUGGUCACAACCAGACUUUCAGGCUUUUGAAGCGCUGGUAG